GGGGCAUCCGGCGGAGCUAGGGUCCCCGGGCUCCGUCCGGAGGAAACGGGACUGCGCUCGCUCGGGCGGUCGAGUGGACUGGACGGGGCAGGCGGGCGCAUUCGCCCUCUCGGUGACUGCGCCGUCCGGGCCCGUCCUGCCUAGGUCGCAGGUGCCCUGGAUGAGGCCGCCCCGCGCGCUGCAGCCGAUGGAUUUACUGAGGCCUCAGAGAACCAGAGUGAAGCUAAGCCAGACAGCUGAUGCAUCGCAGGGUGUCCGUGGGACUGUGAGGUGCCAAUGCAGCUGGGCCCAGGACAGUGAGGCCCUUGAUGUAAGUGUUUGUACUCCGGAGGAGGCAAGGAGAGCAGCCAGCUCCUCCUUUUGGGUGUCAGCAUCCUUUCCUUUCUCUGACAUGGUUGUGAGAAGGUGGUUUUGAGUUCAAGCAAGGAGCCUGCUGUCUCAAGGUGCAGAUGUCCUGAGUGAGUCCCUUCCAGAAGAAGCCCUGCCUGCCUCUCCUUCCUUGCUAAGCUAAAGUCAAAUCAGAGAUAUUAUAAUCAAUGGAUAAAGUGGGGAAAAUGUGGAAUAACUUCAAAUACAGGUGUCAGAAUCUCUUCAGUCAUGAGGGAGGAAGCCGUAAUGAAGAUGUGGACAUGAACUCCAACAGAGGUGUAUCUGUCAAGGAAAAGAACAUCUGUAUAGGAGACUCAGCUCCUCAGCAGCAAAGCAGUCCCCUAAGAGAAAAUGUUGCCUUACAACUGGGAGUAAGCCCUUCCAAGAAUUCUUCAAGGAGAAACCAAAACUGUGCCACAGAAAUCCCUCAGAUUGUGGAAAUAAGCAUUGAAAAGGAUAAUGAUUUGUGUGUCACCCCAGGAACAAGACUUGCACGAAGAGACUCCUACUCACGACAUGCUCCCUGGGGUGGGAAGAAGAAACAUUCCUGUUCUACAAAGACACAAAGUUCAUUGGAUACUGAUAAAAAGUUUGGUAGAACUCGAAGUGGACUUCAAAGGAGAGAAAGGCGAUACGGCGUAAGCUCUGUGCAUGACAUGGAUAGUGUUUCCACCAGAACCGUAGGAAGUCGCUCUCUGAGACAAAGGUUGCAGGAUACUGUUGGGUUGUGUUUUCCCAUGAGAACUUACAACAAGCAGUCAAAACCCCUCUUUUCUAAUAAAAGAAAAAUACAUCUUUCUGAAUUAAUGCUUGAGAAAUGCCCUUUUCCUGCUGGCUCAGAUUUAGCCCAAAAAUGGCAUUUGAUUAAACAGCAUACAGCUCCUGUGAGCCCACAUUCAACAUUUUUUGAUACAUUUGAUCCAUCUUUGGUUUCUACAGAAGACGAAGAAGAUAGACUUAGAGAAAGAAGACGGCUUAGUAUUGAAGAAGGGGUUGAUCCCCCUCCCAAUGCACAAAUACAUACGUUUGAAGCUACUGCACAGGUUAAUCCGUUAUAUAAACUUGGACCAAAGUUAGCCCCUGGAAUGACUGAAAUAAGUGGGGACAGUUCUGCAAUUCCACAAGCUAAUUGUGACUCAGAAGAAGACACAACUACCCUAUGUUUGCAGUCACGUAAGCAGAAGCAACGCCAGGUUUCUGGAGACAGCCAUACCCACAUUAGCAGACAGGGAGCUUGGAAAGUCCACACACAGAUCGAUUACAUACACUGUCUCGUGCCUGAUUUGCUUCAGAUUACAGGUAAUCCCUGUUACUGGGGAGUGAUGGACCGUUAUGAAGCAGAAGCCCUUCUUGAAGGGAAACCCGAAGGCACGUUUUUGCUCAGGGACUCUGCGCAAGAGGACUACCUCUUCUCUGUGAGCUUCCGUCGCUACAACAGAUCCCUGCAUGCCCGAAUUGAACAGUGGAAUCACAACUUUAGUUUUGAUGCCCACGACCCAUGUGUAUUUCACUCCUCCACUGUAACAGGACUUUUGGAACAUUACAAAGAUCCCAGUUCUUGCAUGUUUUUUGAACCAUUGCUUACUAUAUCACUAAAUAGGACUUUUCCUUUUAGCCUGCAGUAUAUCUGCCGUGCAGUAAUCUGCAGAUGCACUACAUAUGAUGGAAUUGAUGGGCUCCCUUUACCAUCAAUGUUACAGGAUUUUUUAAAAGAGUAUCACUAUAAACAAAAAGUUAGGGUUCGCUGGUUAGAAAGAGAACCAGUCAAGGCAAAGUAAACUCUUCUGUCCCCAAAGGGCCUAAACUAGAUCUGCUUUUAUGUGCAUCAGACAGUACACCUAUGGCAAGCGUACAUAUCAGUGUUAGGUUUUUUCAGUACAGUAUGUAAGCUUAGUGUUAGUAUCUGUCAGGUGUGAUCUGCUGUUACUUACUCAGAUAAACCUGGUGCCUAUUGAAACAACAGAGGAUAGAGCUACAGAUGUUCAGUAAGGCCUGCGAAAACAUUUUGCCAAUUUAGCUAAAGGUUUGGUUUUUAAUGGCUGUGGUAACUGAGUGAAGCAAUUCUGGGCAUUUGCUAUGAAGAAUUCUGUUUCUUACUGACGAACAAAUUAUUCGUGGAUGAAUAUUUCAACAGUGUGACUGUUUGAAAUUAUUAUUUUUUCUAAGAAUUUUUCUAUAAUCUUCCAAAAGUAGUGAUAUUUGUAGUUAUUAUAACUCAAGCUUUGGAAGUCCAAAAAAUAAAGACUGCCUUCCUUUUAGAAGAAACGCAAUUUUUCUGGCCAAAGGGCAUAGUGCAGUUCACUUAAAUGUUGAUAUAGUUUAUAGUCAAUGUCCUUUUCUCUUGCAAAAGGUACUGUUAAGUAAACCAGGUUUUCUAAAUAGUAGUUCUUAAAAUUUCAGACUGACAAAGUUAGUAGUAGAAAUUUAUUUAAAGGCCCUAAGUAUUACUUUUUUUUUAAAUGAGUGCUUUUAACUUUAAACAGGCAUUUGGAAUAGCUCCUGCAGCAAAAGUCCUGCAUGUGAUUUUUUUUUAACUUGACACGUGCAGUCUAAUAGUUGAUUGAUUAACGUCGGAUCUUUUCCCAUGCCCAUGAUGAGUUUGUGAACCAUGAAGAAAAUGAGGAUAGAUAAUGCCUAAACAAGUCAGAUAAUUAUAACUACAGUGGUUGCUGAUGUCGAGAUUGUUAAAGUGUAAUUAAUAAUUUGGAUGGUAGUAUUUAUCACUGUUGUAAACUCUAGUAGAUGACUUGCUGAAGUAUAAUUUGUAGAAUUUCAGUGCGGUUAAUUUUAAUGGAAAAUCUGAAACUAAACUACAUAUUUAAAGGUACUGUACAACCAUUGUAUCUGUAAAUAACUUAGCACCUUUUUGUCACUUAGAAUAGUAUGCAAUACUACUUGAGUGAGCUCUUUUUGGAAGAAAUACUGAAUUCUAGUGUUUGCUUCUUAGUAUUGAACUGAGCUUACAGUUCUGUCCUAGACAUUUUGCACUAAAGUAGUUGACUCCAUUCUUGUGUCUUUUUGUUAAUGUGCUCUGUAUCACUGGUGAGUGCUCCUUAGUUUCCUUACCUGCUGCUACAGAAUGUUAUUUUAUAUCUCUUAUGGCUCUUACCAAUGCCACAAAAAAGAAAAGCUAUAUUUGUAUGCAACACUAACCCUUUGACUGCUAAUGUAUGUUUCUGCUUGCUGUGCCUUGUUAUGGCUGCUUUUCUGUGCUAAUAAAGUAUGUUUGGUGUUCCCCUUGUAUAUCUACUGUUUUAUAUAUUUGCAACAAUUUCUCUUUUAAGUGGAAUGGUUUGGGGUUUUAAAAUAAGAAUUACCUGACAACUUGCUAUAGUUAAUGCAGAAUUGCUAUGCAGUCUAAUUGACUUAUCACAGUAAGCUAACUAAAUUUAAUGCUCUUCAUCUUUCCAAUCGUAAUCACAUAUGUUGGGGAACAGUAUCUAUAGCUACUGCGAAUUACUGUACAGUUUAGGUUUUAACAGAAAAUUAACAGAAAUAUCAACUAAACCUACUGAUUUCUCUGCCUAUAAGUGAAAGAUUGAAACUCUCAAUAACGUGUUAUAGUAAAUGAGUAUCCAUAGUUCCCACUGCAUCAGAAACAGGUUAAAUGAAGUCUUGUGAACUAAUAACAGAUCAGCACCAUUUGUUGGUUUGGGGACCAUUUUAAUUGAUAGUAAAUGCCCAAAAUGUAGAACUUUAACCAAAGACUUGUCCGUUUUAAAACAAAAGGGGGAUUGAAGGGACUUAUAAUUCCUAUUAAAUCUAAUAAAAGUCCCUGAGGGACAUAUACCAAAGUGUUUGAGAACUUCAUCCAAACCUACUUUAAAGCAUUAUGUGCAAUUAAGUUGUUAUGACAUGAUUAUAUUGCAUAAUUUGUUGAGUCCAUUUUCUUGAGCUUAUAAUGUACCUGGAAAAUAAACCUCUUGAAAAAUAAAAGUCCAUAUUGAUUAUUAGAGAAGGACUAUAUAUGCAAGCAAAAUCAUUUAAAGAGAUAACUUGAAACUCCAAGAAAGCACUUGAUGUUUUGUAUGCUUGUAGCAAAGUGAUGUUCUAAUUAUAGUUUUACAGAAAGUAUUAAUGCUUUUAUGUAUUUCAGAAUUUUCAUUUGUUAAAUGGAAAUUGUUUUAAAUGUGUAUAUAUUUGAGUUUAUGUAAGCAUGAAAACACUGUGCAAAAAGUUACUUAUGUUUCAGUUUGUGUGUAAUAUUAACAUGCAACUUUUGGUUAAAAAAUUUUUCCUGAAAUAUUAGUGGCUUACGUUUUAAAGAAAAAAAGUCACCAGCAUGAAAUUGUACCUAA